GACUUCUGUUGUUUGUGUAUAAUUAAUAAAUAAAUUAAUUAUUAUUAGAUAACAGUGUCACCUACCAAUGUAGUGUUUUUUUAUAAUAAAGUUAAUUUAUCUCUAAACUAAAGUACCGCAUUUUCAUAUGAAGUUAAAAUUUAGUAGCUGAGUUACUUGCGUUUAAAAUGCAAUCAACGGAGAAACACACUAAAUCAGUAGAUCUUGUAUCGAUGGAACCGGCUACUAGAGUAAAACAACUGGCUAAUUUUGGGGCUAUGGUCGAAGUCGAUCCAAAUGUUCCACCGAGAAGGUAUUAUCGAUCGGGUUUAGAAAUGGUGAGAAUGGCCAAUGUAUAUUUAGCCGAAGGGAGCCUUGAAAAUGCUUACAUACUGUAUAUGAAAUUUAUGACUUUAUUUCUGGAGAAAAUAAGAAAACAUCCCGAGUAUAACACAGUGCCUUCCGAAGUUAAGGCAGUGAACCAGUCAAUGUUGAAGGAGGUGAUGCCGAAAGCUGAGAAGCUUAAACAGAAACUAUUGGAACAAUUCAAAAAAGAAUAUGUGCAUUAUUUAGAGAAUGAGGAGAAAAGACGAAUAGCAGAAGAGGCGAGAAGGAAACAAGAACAGGAUGAUGCAAAACUGGCUCAGCGCCUUCAAGCUGAUGAGAACAGACAAGAUGGACACAAUACCACACCUCACUUACUAAAUGCAGAAGAAUGGGCAGUAUCCCCAUCUGCUCCCCCAGUGGAUGGUAUUCUAUAUCCUGACGACUUUGCAGCAGAGCCUCCUCGUGCGACGCUUAUACCACCCCCGAGACCUCAACAUACCAGCGAGCCAGUGGUGGGGGGGUUGCUGGGUGAGAGGCGUCUCCGCGCUGUAGUUGUACCGGCAGCGCUAUUGACGCGUUUCCUUGCCCUCGCUGCAGACAACACAGCGAGGAACAUCGAGCUCUGUGGUAUCCUAGCUGGCAUUCUGGAACGCGAUCAACUGAAGAUAACUCACGUAGUGGUUCCGAAGCAGACCGGCACUGCGGACUCGUGCAGUACCAACAACGAGGAGGAGAUCUUCCACUACCAGGACCAGCACAACCUCAUCACGCUCGGCUGGAUACACACGCACCCGACGCAGACCGCCUUCCUGUCGUCCGUGGACCUGCACACGCAGUGCUCGUACCAGCUCAUGAUGCCCGAGGCCAUCGCCAUCGUGUGCGCGCCCAAGUACAACGAGACCGGCUACUUCGCCCUGACUCCGGAGUAUGGCAUGCAGUACAUUGCGAACUGCAGGCAAAGUGGUUUUCAUCCACAUCCGAACGACCCACCGCUUUUCUAUACCGUGUCCCAUAUCCGCAUAGAUAACACAGCGCCAGUGGAAAUGGUAGACCUCAGAAGAUGAAUGGAGAAAAUGAAAGCCAUACGUGCCACUUCCAUAGCGUAUAUUGAUUGCAGUAUUUUUAUACGGGAUAUCAAAUAAUAUCACUAGGUUAGAAUUGCGCACGCUAAUAUAAGUAAUUAAGCUGUGACUACACUAGCAUCCAGUUGAUUAAAUGAUGAAAAGUG